AUGGAAUUUUGCCAGCUCUUGCAUAAUUGGCAAGUAGCGGUACUAUCAGGCUUGAAUUUGGAGGAGUUCUCGAUAAACUCAAAGAUUGGUGGAGAAAAGAAGAGAUCUGUAAAUUUUCGAUUGCAGAGUGGGAAACCACCGGCUGAACUGUUGAACGAAUUGAUGGUUCGUGAUUUGGAGCGUUUCGCUACUUUCGAUGUGCUAACAAUUCAUACGUUACAAGGUUCUCGGGCUGAUAUAUUCAAGCUCCGUCAGUAUGUCUAUGUACACAGCACACAGACCCAUUUUGUCAAGGUAAACUUCACUUCUGAUAUCAAUCGAUCCUGA